CUUCUCCUUAUUCGAACCACCUCAUGCAUCCUAGUCCACUUUUUUGCUCUGGUAUAAAUGCGUAAAGCCAUAAUCUCAAAGAAUGUAUUGUGCGUGCUGUUUCUGUUGUGCCAAAAAUUGACUGCUUCUUUCUCCUCCUGGGACGAUCUCGAUAAGCUUCCACUACCAGCAUGGUACAGCGAAGCUAAAUUCGGCAUUUUUGUGCAUUGGGGAGUUUUUUCUGUUCCUGCGUACAAAAAUGAAUGGUUUCAAAACAAUUGGCAACACUUCAAGUACGAAGACUACGUUGCAUUCGUCAACAAGACAGAGAGGCAAAAUUUCGCCUACCAGGAUUACGCCCAUCGCUUUCUAGCCGAGUUGUAUCGACCCGAUAAUUGGGCGGACACUUUUGCGGCUGCCGGUGCGCAGUACGUUGUACUCACAAGCAAGCACCACGACGGCUUUUGCAUGUGGAAUUCGACCAGCAUUCCGACGACUUGGAACUGGAAUGCUGUUGAUAUAGGUCCUCGACGAGACCUUUUGGGCGACUUGUCGAGUGCAGUAAAAAGAAAGAAAAGCCCCCAAUCUGGAAAAAAACUGCGUUUCGGAAUUUAUCAUUCCCUACUCGAAUUUUUCAAUCCGUUGUACACGUACGACAAAGGAAACAAUUGGACGACGCAAAAUAUGGUGGACCUGAAGGCUUUGCCGGAGCUGUACGAUCUCGUAGAUAGAUACGAGCCUCACUUGAUGUGGUCGGACGGGGGCUGGGAAGCCAGUAGUACAUAUUGGAAGUCAGAAGAGUUUAUUUCAUGGUAUGCUCUUAACAGCACCGUUGGAAAAGAAGCUGUCUGGAACGAUCGUUGGGGCACCGAUACUCAAUGCAGGCAUGGAAGCUAUCUGACUUGUCACGAUCGUUACCAACCCGACGGGCUCGUCGACAAGAAGUGGGAAAAAUGUAUGACGAUCGAUUCUACAUCUUGGGGUUACAGUCGUGUUUCCGAUGUUCUUCAAUACUUGAACACAACUCAACUCGUACAUACACUUAUCGAGGUCGUGGCGCUGAACGGGAAUCUCUUACUAAACGUCGGGCCCUCCGCUGAUGGAACAAUCAAUCCAGUAUUUGUAGACCGGUUAAUGGGGAUAGGAAGCUGGCUGUCAGUGAAUGGAGAAGCAAUCUAUUCGUCGAACCCGUGGAAAAUUUGUCAAAAUGAGACCAAGUUCUCUGUAUUCUACACGCGAAGGACAGAUGUUCUGUACGCUCACAUUACGGAAUGGCCAGAGAAUAGUUUGUUGCGACUCGACUGUCCUGUUCCAACAAAAUCAACCCGGGUGAACAUGCUUGGCUUGGACGACAGAAGCGAGAUUUCCUUUUCUUUGAACGGCAAUAGGUCAACUGGAGAGUCCAUGGUUGUACAGCUGCCACUUUUGACACCUGAUACGAUUCCUUGUCAGCAUUCGUGGGUCUUGGCAAUCUCAAACCUAGCAAAUUUAUACAAAUGAGAAACCUUGCCGUUUAGCGCCCAUGGUCCGAAUUAAUUUUGUUGCUUACAAAACAAUUUGACAUAACAAACAGCACCAUUUGUUUAAC